GGCAGAGGAGGGGAGACACGAAAUGAGCCCUCGACAGAAGGGCACGAGAGAGGAUCCCAGCACGCAAGAGGGCGAGGCCGCAGGAACAGACCUCUGGGUCCUCCUGGGCUGCAGCAGACACUGUCUCGAAGAAAAGGGUACCGCGCCCUGGUGACCAUGGUCCGGAAGGGAUGCUGGACGGGCCCCACCACCGGCCCCAUGCAGUCCAACCAGGAGGCGCUGCCGCCCGACUACGCGGUGGUCCGCGGCUGCGCCACUGACCUCUGCAACGCAGACCUCCAGACCCACGACGCCCUCCCCAACCUGAGCCAAGCGCCCGACCCGCCGACGCUCAGCGGCACUGAGUGCUAUGCCUGCCUGGGGGUCCACCCAGAAGACUGUGCCCCCGAGAGGUCCAGGCGGGUGCAGUGCCACCAGGGCCAGAGUGCCUGUUUCCAAGGCAACGGCAAGAUGACCAUCGGCAACUUCUCGGUGCCCGUGUACAUCCGCACGUGCCACCGGCCCUCCUGCACCACCAUGGGCACCACCAGCCCCUGGACGUCCAUCGACCUGCGCGGCCACUGCUGCCAAGGCCACCUCUGCAACCGGGACUCGGUGACACGGACCCUCCCCGGCGCCACGUCCACCGCCCCUCCCCAGGCUCCCCGGGCCCUGCCGCUCGCUGCUCUGGGGCUGGCCGUCGCUCUGGGGGUGUCCCUGGGGCUCCCGGCAUAGACUGCGCCUCUGGGAUCGCUCCUGUUCUCGCUGCUCUGGCCCCUGAUGUGGGCUCCCUAAAAAAUGACAGGAAAGUAAGAACCCCCUGGCCACAGCCCCCCCCAUUGCUUCUCACUGUCCCCCAAGAGCCAGCUUCCAACGCCACCCCAUGGCCCAGCGCCUUCAGGACAUGAGCCUUUUGUGACCCCGCGGCCAAACCUUGCCACUCACUCUAAAACCCCACUUCUCACAAGAGUGAUGGUGAUCCCAGCCUGUCAUUCCAGCGCCCAGGCUGCUGAGGCAGGAGGGUCACUGCAAGGCCUUCACAAGUUCAGGUCCAGUGAGACCCUGUCAAGCAUGGCAGCUCAGUCCUUUAAUCUCAUCACUGCAGAAGCAGGAGAGUCUCUGAGUUCGAGGCUAGCCUGGUCUACAGAGUGAGUUCCAGGACAGCCAGGGCUACACAGAGAGACUUUGUUUCAAAAGGAAGAAAGGAGAGAGAGAAAGAUCAAAAACUCUGUUUUCUUUUUCCUUUUAGUAUCUCUCUAAAGCAGAAUUGACAUCCUUCCAGCAGCCCCGCUCUUGGGUCUAUUACCCCAACAGAAAUUGGCUCAUGUGUCCCCCAAACUAUGCAGAAUAGCAGGACAGAUAACAGCCACAGCUGGAAACAGCGGAAUGACAGGCGUGGUCAGGCACACAGUGGCGUGAAAGCGGCAGCUGAGUGUCACCUGCCAUGCUGGGAGACUCUCACAAAAACAGUAACACUUGCACUCCUGCAGGCUACAUGGUUUCAAGGUCUAGAGCAGAGAGAGUGCUUAUCUCUGGGGCCGAGUGGCCAGAAUGUGGGUGUUUGGGGGUCUAGGAACACACCGACCCAAUUUUGCUUUUCUGUAUUCACUAAACUUUUUGUUGUUUUCUUUUGUUUUGAGAGAAAAGGUCUCAUGUAGCCCAGGCUAGCCGCAAGCUCUCUCUGUAACCUAGGAUGACCGUGAACUCCUGACCCUCCCGCCUCAACGUGCCAGACACUGGGAUCACAGGUGUGGCCAUCGGGCCUGUCUUUUCUCUUCUUUCCUCCUGUGUAUUGUUUGCAAUAAAAGGCUUAAAAUGUACAAACGUUCUUGAUGGGAAACGGGCAGGUGGAGGGGAAUGCAGGGGACAAUGACACCAACCCAGCUCCUAAGAUUAUCUGUCGGGUGCAAGCAACGGAGCAGGGGCAAGAGUUGGAGUUCUGCCUCCUCGCCGGCGCCUGCAUUUUAGACGGAACAUUAAAUGGCCAGUAUUGAGCCAGAUGAGGCCUCUGAGCCAGGUGAGGUCCCAGCCUCAAAGGUGGGAGGCUGAUGGGCAUCGUGAACCAAGACCAGCCUGGUCUAUAGGUGAACUCAAGGCCAGCCUCGUCUGCAAAGUGAGUUCCAGAACAGCCAGGGCUAUACAGAGAAACUGCCUCAAAAAGAAUUGUUGAUUGUACAUUUAAUUAAAAAAAUAAUAACAUCAUUUCCCCUCCCCCAGGCCCUUUCCAAACUCCUGGGGUUCCCUUCUUUCUCGACGCUGUGCUGUGACAUUU